AUGGGGUUCAGUAUGGCGUACCAAGCGUUGGCGCAGCACAACGACGGCGGCUCCUUGAGGGCCCAAAUCAGUGGUGUCAUGGGAUCCACUUCUCUCGCAUGUUGGAUCGUGUUGUUGAUGCCCCAGCUCAUUGAGCAGUGGAGGCUCCAGUCUGCCGAGGGCAUUGCCAUCGGCUUCAUCACCAUCUGGUUCCUCGGAGACAUCUUCAACCUCCUCGGGUCCAUCUGGGCAGGCUUGUUGCCAGAAGUGAUCUUUUUGGCGGUGUGGUUCUGUAUUGCCGACUUCUUGAUGAUCUUUUCCUACGUGUACUACACCCACCUCCACAAAAAGACCGAACGCAAGAGCAGAACCAGCAGUCUGCACGAACAAGAUGCAACCCAGCCGUUAUUGAGAAGAAGAUCGUCCACUUUGACCGACAUUGCCAUGGAGCCAGAAGACCACAGCAUCUUCACCAAGUACGUGUUGCCGCUCAUCUUUGUGGUUGGUGCAGGGUGCGUCGGCUACUUCUUAUCGGGAACCAAGGACGCAGACGCUCCGGAAAUGCCCGACAGCGACAUCAAGUUGGGACCCCAAUUGAUGGGCUACUUCUCUGCCUUGUUGUACUUGGGAGCCAGAAUCCCCCAGAUCAUCCAGAACCACAAGAGAAAGUCUGUUCACGGGCUUAGUUUGUUGUUUUUCUUGUUUUCCACCUUGGGAAACUUGACAUACGCUGGCCAGAUUUUGUUCUACAGAAGUGACUCCAAGUACAUUUUGCUCAACUUGAGCUGGUUAUUGGGAUCUUUGGGCACCAUUUUCGAGGAUAGUUUUAUCUUCUUGCAAUUUUACAUGUACAGGGAUAACGACGACCACCCCGUUGCUAUUGAAUAG